CAAAGGCAUUGGUCACAAUCUCAAAUCACGAAAAGGCCGAACAAUUUCCGAAUUCUAGGCCCAACUUAGUCUGUUGUAACUUCUAAAGAAAUAAAUGCAGGGCAACAAAUACGAACAAUUUGGGGUGGAGCUGUAACAAAAGGGGUCUUUUCUUUACAAAUCGAAGCCAUAUGAAAUUCACACACUCAUCAGAAGAACAGACAUGGAUUGUUGAGAAUCUCUUGCGGAAUCUACGAGUCAAUUAGUGAAACUGCUCGAUAGUGCAACCUCAUCUUUACCUUGCUGUCCGUGUGAAUAGGAACAGGUUCAAGGAUGUACAGUAAGGAUUCGUAUUCUAGAAUUCUGCAAGCGUUCCAUUAAAACCCUCAUCCUCUCGAUAACUACAUUCAGGCUUUCUAUAUUUGCUUGAGACACAAUGAAUCAUCAAUACGGCGAAGAUCAAGACCGAGUAAGUGUGGCUGGUUUCGACGUGCCCGACUCGCCUGACUCGAGCUACACUAGUGCCUCCUACCCAGGGAAUGAAGACGAGGGGCGGGACCCACCGGCCUUGCCACCUCACCUUCAGCACACCCUAUUGAACCGCCAGGUGGAUCCUGACUGGGGGGCUGCGGCCCCCCAGAACGUGACAGUUAAUCACCUCUACAUAGAAAACAGGGAGGCGCCUAGGUCGGUUGUUGGCCUAGGGGUAACUCACCGUUUUCGGUCGAAAUACGUGACGGUUGUGCUCUACAAGCCCGUUCGAAAUACGUGAAGCGGGAUUUGAAUUCGUUGUUAUUGUUGUUAUUUAUUGUUAUUAUUAUUAUUAUUAUU